AUGACUAUGGAUAUACGCCCUAAUCACACUAUUUACAUAAAUAAUCUAAAUGAGAAGAUAAAAAAGGAUGAGCUUAAAAAAUCGCUCUACGCCAUUUUUUCACAGUUUGGUCAAAUACUAGAUAUUGUUGCGAUGAAAACUUUGAAGAUGAGAGGUCAAGCAUUUGUUAUAUUUAAAGAAAUUUCAAGUGCAACUGUUGCAUUGAGAAGUAUGCAAGGAUUUCCCUUUUAUGAUAAACCAAUGAGAAUUCAGUAUUCAAAGACAGACAGUGAUAUCAUUGCUAAAGUUAAGGGAACAUUCCAAGAGAGGCCAAAGCGUCCCAAAGCACCGAGAAGUUCUGAAGAUGGAAAGAAGAAGAAGAGCAAAGAUGCUAAUCGUAGUGUUAUUCCAGGAUUUGGACAACCCAAUUUACUCAACAAUGUCAAUGCAGAACAACCGCCAAAUCAAAUUCUAUUCCUUACAAAUCUUCCUGACGAGACUUCUGAAAUGAUGUUAUCUAUGCUUUUCAAUCAAUUUCCUGGGUUUAAGGAAGUCCGUCUUGUGCCAAACAGACAUGAUAUUGCAUUUGUUGAGUUUUCCAAUGAGAUGCAAUCAGCAGCAGCAAAAGAAGCUCUACAAGGCUUUAAAAUCACUCCCACUCAUGCUAUGAAGAUAACAUUUGCUAAGAAAUAA